GCCAUCCUCAAACAUCAGGUCUCUCGCGCCGGGUGUGGACAAGCCGUCACAGCUUGACGAUGGGAGCAUGAGAGCCAUUCUGCGGUCUUGGCGGAGCAUUCGAGCGCCAACGCGAUCCCUCCCCAGUGCGCGAUGUUUUGCGACAUCCGCCGCGCGACGCGAAGUGCGCAGCAUCGCGGAGCUGCCAGAUCGAGUGCAUUCUCGAUUCCAGGAGACCAAGAGUCACGAUCUACUGGCACUGGAAUGGCCGUCGCCACCGCGAAAUGUGCUCAUUGUCCGAAAAGAUGACAGCGCAGAAUGCCACAGAGCCGUCAUAGAAUACGCACACCACAUUCACGACGUGUACCCAGGUACUUCGGUCAUUCUGGAGUCGUAUCUGGCACAUCGCAUCCACGAAGAAUUCGCAUUCCCCAUAUACGCUUCCAAUGGUGAGGGGCAUCCUGCUUACGAGCAGAAGGUUGACCUCACCUCGACCUUUGGCGGCGAUGGUACUAUCUUGCACGCUGCCUCUCUUUUUGCGACAGCCAAGAGCGUGCCUCCAGUGCUCUCCUUUAGCAUGGGCACAUUAGGGUUUUUGGGCGAAUGGAAGUUUGCCGAGUAUAAACGAGCUUUUAGGGAAAUGUACAUGUCCGGGGCCCCCUCCACAAUGCCAGCAAAAAGCACAGACGAGCCGGAGCAGAAGCAAAGAUCAAGCGCGUGGACUGCGGCUCGUGGCAAGUCUAUGGGUGUGUCUCGCAGCUCUCGAAUUUUGUUACGAAAUAGGCUAUGCAUUGGUAUCUUCGAUUCUGAUGGCAACCGACUCCCCCACGAAGCACCCUUCGCGCACGCAGACAGCAAGUGUGAAGAUAUCUUUGCUCUGAAUGAGGUUCUCCUGCAUCGCGGAGCUCUGCCUCACUUGGCGCACAUCACGAUCCUCAUCGGUUCUGCACCACAUCAGAAGAUAUUGACGACGGCUAUUGCUGAUGGUUUCCUGGUGUCGACACCCACUGGUUCCACGGCCUACAGCCUUUCCAGUGGCGGCUCCAUCGUGCACCCCCUUGUUUCGUCAAUUCUCUUGACGCCUAUUUGUCCCCGCUCACUCUCUUUCCGACCUCUGGUGCUGCCAGCAAACACUCCCAUCACACUCCGGAUCGAAGAACAGAACCGCGGCAAGGAAAUUGAGGUUUCCGUUGACGGUGUGCGACGACGGGAAGGUCUGAAGUCCGGCAUGGAAGUCCGGGUUGUUGGCGAGGAAGUACGUUCUGCAGGAGCACCUGGAUCUCGCGACUGGCUCCGAGGCGUACCUAGUAUUGUACGUUCAGGUGGUGUAGGCGACGGGCAGGAUCAUUGGGUUGGAGGUCUGAAUUCGCUAUUGAAGUUCAACUAUCCGUUUGGAGAGGAUGGAUGAUAAGAUCAGAUAAGCCAAGAUAAGCC